AGCGACUAAAGUACUCGCUUGUUAUCAUGAACAUGGAGAAGACUCUACUGGCUGCUGUGGUAUACACAGCCUUUCUGUUUGCCAGUGCUCAAUCCACGGUCAACGAUGACACUAGAAAUAUACCCUCCAGCGUUGCAUUGGAAAAAAGAGGAAUUACAGCCCAGAAACCUCCAAUGGUUGAGCUGCUGAGGGGCAGGGAUGGGCGAGACGGUCGUGAUGGAGGCCCUGGACCUCGAGGACUGCCCGGGAAAGAUGGUGUCAACGGAAAGACAGGGGAACAGGGAGUACGUGGAUCUCCUGGGCCUCCUGGGCCAAGAGGUGGGGGAGCCACCUACGUCAGGUGGGGUCGCACCACCUGCCCUGAUGUACCUGGGACUGAACUG